UGUACUCACUCAGCCCCCCCGAUCCGCCCUUCUCCUUUUCCUUCCAGCUCUGCGGUGGCGGCAAAUUUCAACAGGAUCUUGUUCCCAUAAUCUCUCUACUGCCUCUACUUUCCCUCUCCUCGAUGGCCACAGAGGAAUCGACCUCCCGUUUCUGGAAUCUAGGGGUUUUGGAUGCUUUCACUGAUGAUUCCUUACAAGAGAUCGUAGAUAGUUACCAUGGGUUCUGUGGCGCUGCGCAAACCCUCGUCACUGGUGUUGGCGACCUCUCUGUUGGUUCCGAGUUUGGAACUCUAGUUCAUGGCCUCAUCAAACAUGGGUUAGAGUCUCUGGUUCGGGAUCACUUCCUUCAAGUGCUUGAGGAAACGUUUGAGAGAAAUGGAGCGUCGAAAUUUUGGAGGCAUUUUGAUGCUUACGUUAAUUUUGGGGAUUUGAAGAAGAAUAAUGAGCUUGAUGUUAAUGAGGACGAAAUUCAGCAAGUUUUGUGUAAUGCUCUGGAAGAAAUCUCUUUGGAGAAGCAGCAUCAGGAGAAGUGCUUACUAAUGUUGGUUCAUGCUUUACAAUCUUACAAGAAUCAGAUAUCAGGGGAAAGACAUGAUUUUGAGGCAGAAAGAGAUUUUUUAGUCUCAAAAUAUCAAUUGAUUGUGUCCUCUGUUCUUAUGGCUUCGCUUCCACGUCAUUUUCCUGUGAUAUUGCACUGGUAUUUUAAAAGAAGACUAGAGGAGUUAAGUACAAUCAUGGAUGAAGAGUGCAAUGAUGAUUCAUCUCAGAGUAAGGAUGACAUGGAUUUAGAUGAAAAAGGCAAAAUCUGUACCAAGGUUGGUGCAAUGGAUGUUGAUGAUUGUUAUAAGCACAGUAGGUUCUCAGAAAACAGUAGAUUGGUGAAGAACAUUGGGAAGGUUGUUCUUGAUCUUAGAAGUCUUGGAUUUACUUCUAUGGCUGAAGAUGCUUAUGCUUCAGCUAUCUUCUUGCUACUGAAAGCAAAAGUACAUGACCUUGCUGGUGAUGACUUUAGGAGUUCCGUUUUACAAUCAAUUAAAAGUUGGAUACAGGCUGUACCUCUGCAGUUUCUGCAUGCCCUUCUUGUCUAUCUUGGUGAUUCUAUUAGUUAUGAGAGUACUUCGUCAGGUGUUAAAUCACCUUUAGCACCACAGCCAGCUUCAUGCUGUCCUGGAAUUGAUGCACCAUCUGAAGGGCUUGUCAGAUGGAAGCUACGGCUGGAGUAUUUUGCUUAUGAAACACUACAAGAUUUAAGAAUAGCAAAACUGUUUGAGAUAAUUGUUGAUUAUCCCGAGAGCUCUCCUGCAAUUGAAGACUUAAAAUUAUGUCUUGAAUACACUGGGCAACAUGCAAAGUUGGUGGAGUCAUUUAUUUCAGCACUACGUUAUCGCUUACUUACUGCAGGCGCUUCAACCAAUGAUAUUUUGCAUCAAUAUGUUUCGACUAUUAAGGCUCUAAGGACAAUAGAUCCUGCGGCUGUUUUUCUUGAGGCAGUAGGUGAACCGAUAAGGGACUAUUUAAGAGGAAGGAAAGAUACCAUAAAAUGUAUAGUGACUAUGCUUACAGAUGGGACUAGUGGAAAUUCAAGUGCAUCUGGAAAUCCUGGAGAUAGUCUUCUUGAAGAGUUGAACAGAGAUGAAGAAAUGCAAGAGAAUUUUGGCACAGAUGAUGACUUCAACACUGAUGAUAGGCAAGCAUGGAUCAACGCCACACGCUGGCAGCCUGAUCCUGUGGAAGCAGAUCCAUCAAAGGGUAGCAGGAACCAGAGGAAGGUUGACAUUCUUGGGAUGAUUGUAGGCAUAAUUGGUUCCAAAGACCAACUAGUUAAUGAAUAUCGAACCAUGCUUGCAGAAAAGCUUUUAAACAAAUCUGAGUAUGAUAUUGACUCAGAGAUACGUACUCUGGAGCUCCUUAAGAUUCAAUUUGGGGAGAGCAGUCUACAGAAAUGUGAGAUAAUGCUCAAUGAUUUGAUUGACUCGAAGAGGACCAACACCAACAUCAAAGCUACUAUAAGUCAGCUCUCUCAGACAAGUGCUGAGAUGGGAGAGAAUGCAAUACCUAUGGAUGUGCUUUCAGCUACUAUUAUAUCUACCAAUUUCUGGCCUCCAAUACAGGAGGAGCCUGUUAACUUCCCUGGACCUGUUGACCAGCUACUCUCUGACUAUGCUAAUAGAUUUCACGAGAUCAAAACCCCACGUAAGCUACAGUGGAAGAAAAGUCUUGGUACUGUCAAGCUGGAGUUGCAGUUUGAAGAUAGGGCAAUGCAAUUCACCGUAGGUCCUGUUCAUGCAUCUAUCAUCAUGCAAUUUCAAGAUCAAACGAGUUGGACCUCUAAAAAUCUUGCAGCUGCUAUUGGAGUACCAAUGGAUGUAUUAAAUCGGAGGAUGAAUUUCUGGAUAAGCAAGGGGGUCAUUGCAGAGUCUGCGGGGGCUGACUCUUCUAACCAUGUAUACACACUCAUGGAAAAAAUGGCUGACACAAGUAAGAAUGGAGGCAGUGGUGGUGGUUCCCAAGAGCUUCUAGGAGGUGAUGAGGAGGAAGAGGGAUCCGUGGCCUCAGUGGAGAAUCAACUUCGUAAGGAAAUGACAGUAUAUGAGAAAUUUAUCAUGGGCAUGCUGACAAACUUCGGAAGCAUGGCAUUAGAUCGAAUCCACAAUACUCUCAAGAUGUUCUGCAUUGCUGAUCCCCCUUAUGACAAGUCACUCCAGCAACUACAAAGCUUUUUAUCCGGCCUAGUCUCUGAAGAGAAGUUAGAGCUUAGGGAUGGAAUGUAUUUUCUGAAGAAGUAAUGGGCUGAUUGAAUUGCAAUCAACCUUUUGGUCAGAACCUUAAAGCAAAUAGGAGCCACACCGUGAGGAAUGUGCAUGCCUCUGGCGUACGAGCAUCCUUGUGAAGCUUUCAUGGAUUGAUAUUACUGUUAUCAUAAGAAACGCAAAGUGAUGCUCUUUUUGAAGGGCUUGAACGAGUGAGCAACUGAUGGAAGCAUGCUGAAAUCAUUGUUUUUAUGGGAGAGUGGUGGUUCUACUUGUACAGAUAUUUAUUGUCUAUGUAAAUCUGUAGCAACGGUCAGAUCCUGACCCUCUUUCUUUUUUGUGGGAAAAAUUGAAGUUUAAGUUCAUAAUUCAUACGUUGCAAAUUUUUGUAUUGAAAUGUUUUACAUUUUAAAAUUUAUUUUGAAACUAAGAUAGAAAA